UUAGGAAUAAAAUGGACACGUACGUCAAAUUUGCAUUAUCGCCGCUCCCCUCCCCAAAACUAGGGUUUCUUAUGCUUUUAAUAAUGGAUCUUUGAGGGAAAAACUUAGAAUAACAUUGAAUUAGAGAUGACGGGAUUUGGGCAUGGACUGCGUGUAAUUGGGAGACAGAUGCAUCUCCUUCAUCAACGUGAAGGUCCAUCAGAGGUUCUAAAGGGAAAGAUCGCAGAGCUGGAGAAAUUUAGGAAGAUGAAGAGAAGUACGAAGAAGGAUCAGUUCACUGUGGACGUUCCUGAAUCAAAUUCCUUCCUUGAUACUCCUUCUAUGCCCAUGAUCCUCACUGCUGUUGGAAUUGCUCUCUUCGCUAAACUCCUUAUGAUGUAUGAUGAGUCAAGAUCUGAAGAGUUGAUAGAGCGCAAAAUAAAGAAUGCUCCACCAGGUCAAGGAACUGUGAGGAUGCUUAGUCGUCAGGAGUGGGAGGAAAUUCGAGAAGUUCGACCAAGGACUCCGUUCGAAUCCAAGCUUGCUCGUCCAAAUGCAAGAAUCAGAACUGGAGAACCUUUACACAUGGAAGAUUUGAAGGACUGGACAGUUGAUGUGCUGUCGAAUGCACUUACUCGGGCUGAAGAGAGUGUUAGGCAUGGUUCCACUUCCAAGUGACUUUAGAGACGGGAUCUGUCUCCAAGAUUUGGAGAUUGUCAGACUCACUCUGAACUGGUGUUUUGGGACUAACUCCGGAAAAUGUGCUUUGAAGGAUGGUUAGUUAACACAUUUCAAAACUUAGCUUGUUUCUAUGCUUGAUCUGAUAUUGAUCCUGUAGGUCUGCUUCUCCUAUUUGAUAUUUUAUUUGGAGGACAAUCAGGCGGUGAUGGGUCAGGAUAGAGAAAGUAGAUAAUAAAUUGUGACUCAAUAUCGAAUUGGUGGUGAAAAAGCUUGGAUAGUGGUGGAUGGUUUAUGCAAUUCCUUAAACGAGGGGUUUGGCGGCAGGAACCAGUUGUCAUCGUCCUAUUAUUUGUAUCUUUGUAAACAUGAUAACCUCACCAAGUUUUUCAAAUUUAUCUAUUUCGUUGAACAAGCAGAAUGAGAAAUUUGAAUUUUUGACCUCUAGAAUGGAGGGUGUGUAUAUAUACUUUCACCAACUGUUGUAUUUGGAAUUUUUUAUUUCUUUGUUGCUACUUACAGCAGCUAGUUUAUAAAAACUAUGAUUAAUUUCAUAAUUUUAGACCAUAGGAA